AUGGGCGCAGGUCAAUCGAAACCCGACGAGUCCACCAAGCAUGUUUUCACCAGUGAUACACCUAUUCAGUUUUCUCAAGAGUUAAUAGACUCCCUUCAAGCAUCCUCAGAAACAAACUCGACUCGUGCAAAGACACUAGAGCUGCACAUCGCACAACGCGUGGCCGCCGAGCUAGAAAAGAUCAGGAAUCACGAGUCCUCAGUCCUCGAGGAGGCACGGAAGAAGAUUGCUGAAAGCGGAGAGGCAACCUCGGAUUCGACUUCGUCAGACUCGUCGCUCCUUCAAAUAUCGCCCAGAGGCCUCCUUCCAGGCUCAGACAGUGAUGAGGACAAGAGACGGAAUGCUCCGUCAAGCCAGAAAGUGCAACAGGAGAUCGAGAAAUUGAAGCAGACGCUGGGACAGCGGAAAACGCUAAGAGAGGUGCCGAAGGAGGUGGAGAAUGCGAGACAAGAUGUGAUUUCCUGCCUGCGGAUAAACGACCGGAAACCGCUCGACUGCUGGAAGGAAGUGGAGAUCUUCAAGCGGGAGGUACGGAAGAUGGAGGAGAACUAUGUCUCGUCUGUACUGUAA